UGUUGAUCGGCAACCAGUAACAAUGGCAAAUUGGCGACCUCUAGAAAAUGAUCAUCAGAAAAUUAAUAAUCUCUAUGAAGAGAACCUUCAGAGAAAGGAACAAGGUUCCGAUGCUCAAGGCUAUUUAAAGCCUGCGGAUGGAGACCUUAAGCCCCCGGCUGUGUAUAUCCUCAACCACGAAGAGUUUCCCGGGAAACCCCGAAAAGGCAGCGCAAAUGAUGUCGAAGCUCUGACAAAAACUUUCAAGAAGCUGAAGUGUAAGGUUGAAGUAGUCCCGAACCCCACUCGGGCUAUAGUUCACGACAAAUUGAAAAAUUUGACUAAAAAGAAAUUCGACCAUCCGUCUGGUUUGGUCAUCGUCAUCUUGAGCCAUGGCUCCCGAAGGGAGCAGAUCCAAACGUGCGACAAUAAGAGCUACAAUUUAGACGACGAUGUUCUUUUUCCACUCUUCGAUAAUGAAUCACUGUCAGGCAAACCCAAAAUCCUAAUUGUCCAAGCCUGCAAGGGAUCAUGGAGAGCAUCAAUGGAAUCGGAUUCGAAAAAAAAUCAAAAAAAUAAUGAACCGUACAUAAAAUGCUACAGCAGCUCCGAGGGUUUUCUUAGCUAUCGCAAUGAAUCAAAUGGAUCCAUUUUCAUACAAACCUUGUGCGAUAAAAUUAAUCAAGAUGGAAUGAAAAAGGAUUUUCGGUCAAUCAUUGAAGAUGUAAAAGUUAGUGUUCAAAAGUUGUCUAUAUCACAAGGAUGGAUAACUACGUGCAUUGCAAUAACAUAUUUUUUCAAGUCUUUACAGGAAUUAAGAGACGAAAUGAAUACGCCUGCACAGGAUACUAAUCCCGCUGAAAGAUUUCAGACCAUAUCUGAAGACAUUCAAUGUGAUGCUCAAGGAUGUCUGCCACUGGAGUCUGGUUUUAAUCCUCAGCAGCAAUUGCUGCCGCCAUAUGUCUGCAUAUUGAAUCACGAGGUAUUUCCAGACCAGAGGCGAUUAGGCAGCUCACAGGAUGUUAGAGCUCUGUGCAAAACAUUCUCCAGCCUACAAUGUCAGAUUGAAGUUGUUUGCAACCCCACAUUGGCUAUGGUUAACGACACGAUUAGAAAAUUGGUCCUAAAAAGAUUCGAUCGCUUGUCCGGUUUGGUAAUAGUUAUGUUGAGCUACGGCUUAGAACAGGAGAGGAUUCGCACGUGCGACGAUGAGGGGUACGACUUGGAUGUUGAUGUGCUCUUUCCGCUCCUCGAAAAUGAAACCCUGUCAGGAAAACCAAAAAUUCUAAUAACCCAAGCCGGUCAAGGCAAUGGAAGGCCACCUUUUUCGAAGAAAAUUCCCUCACCCUAUAUUAAAUGCUUCAGCUCCUCCGGAGGUUUCAUGAGCUAUCGUCGCGUAGAAGAAGGGUCUAUUUUUAUACAAGCCCUGUGCGAAGUGAUGGAUCAAGACGGCCUUACAAAGGACUUCCGGUUAAUUAUAUACGAUGUAAACGCGAGGGUCGAGGAGAUAGCUGAAUCGUUAGGACUGAUGCAAGUACCAUCAAUACUAUCAACUCUAAGGAAACCAUUCUGUUUUGGAGAUUUUGUGCAGUACGCAAAUGCUAGGAUUCCAAGGACAUCGCCCUCUGCUACAAUUCAAAAAACAUCUACUAUUCCGGGGAUUUCGAUUACUGAUCUUCAACCUCCAUUGGUCUACAUAUUCAAUCAUGAAAUAUUCAAGAAUACAGUUAAAAACAGAUCAGGAAGUUCGAAAGAUGUCGAUGCUUUGCGAAGUACUUUUGAAAACUUGAACUGCGAGGUUCACGAAGUUCCAAACCCUACACUGGCUAUGAUACAGGGAACCUUUAAAAAAUUGGAAGUGGAGAACCUGAAACUCCGAUCUGCGGUAGUCAUCGCCAUUCUGAGCCAUGGCAAUCGCAAUGAGUUGAUCGAGGCAUGCGACGAUACGAAUUACUACUUGGACGAUGACGUUUUAUUUCCCCUUUUGAGAAACGAUACCCUGAGAGGCAAGCCGAAAAUAUUGAUUGUCCAGGCAUGCAAAGGAAUUUUAGAGGCGGACUCAAACCGAAUAAGUUGCAACCCCAGGGAUUUCAUCAUCUGUUACGGGACCACCGAGGGGUUUGAAGCCUACCGACAUCCUUUCUUUGGAUCGCCGUUCAUCCAAACUCUAUGCCAACACAUGGAUAAAGACGGCAAAACCAAAGAUUUCCAGAAAAUUAUGCAGGCAGUGAACCAGUCGGUCACUGAGGAAGCUCCUGAUAAAUAUAAAAAGGAAAUGAUACCGUCGUAUACUUCAACGUUUGGAACAAAAAAAUUUUACUUUUGGCACAACAUCUACAUAGAUCAAGAUGGACAGCAAUGAGUUGGCUGAACAAGUCAGUGAUUCUGGGACAACCAGUGGUGAACCGCUCAGGCAAUUUCAACCAGCUAGUAU